UUCUCACAGUGCUUUCCUCUGCCACCUGUACCUUCAAGAAUGGGCCUAGUAUCUUCCAUCAAAAGUUCUGGUCUGGUCCACAUCUGGUUCUUCUGUCUCUUUGUGAUAAGUGCCCUCAUUGUCACGACAUGCCAAUGCUUCACCCUGGUACUAUGGCCGAUCAGCAAGAGGUUAUACAGGGAGGCCAAUGGCCUCAUCAUUGCUUUGAUGUGGCAUGAGCCGUUGUGGCUGAUUGACUACUGGUCUGGAUCUGAGGUCCAUCUCUACAUCAAAGAUGAGGAACUGGACCUGAUAGGAAAGGAGCACAUAGUCCUGAUCCUGAAUCACAGACAAGACGUAGACUGGCUCGUCACCUGGCAAGUAGCAGAAAGGUGUAAUGUCCUUAGGGGGGCAAAGAGUCUGAUGAAGAAUGAGCUGAAGUAUGUGCCUUUCUUUGGUUGGUCUUUCUACCUCACUGAGCAGCUGUUCGUCAACAGAGAUUACGCUAAAGAUAAAACAUCCCUGGUGAAUCAUUUUAAGAACAUCACAACAUUCCACUAUCCAUGUGUUACAUUAAUCUUCUGUGAGGGAACCCGUUUCACAGAGGAGAAGUACAAGAAGAGCCAGGCGUUUGCCAAAGAAAAGGGACUCCCAGGCCUUAAACACCAUCUCAUGCCUAGAACAAAGGGCUUCAAUCUAUGUAUGCAGACUUACAAAGGAAAAGUUUCACAUAUUGUUGACGCAACGAUAGCUUAUAAAGAUGGUGCUCAAUCCUCACUGUAUGAUCUUCUUUGCGGAAAGAAAUUUGAAUACCAUGUAUAUGGCAGGGUUUUACCUCUUGAUGAGGUACCUACCGAUUCAGAAGAAGCAACUUCUGAAUAUUGCCAUGAACUCUAUAGGAAAAAGGACGAGACAUUCCAGUACUUCUUGGACCACAACACAUUUGAAGGGUACGAUCCCGAGAGGGGGCACAAGUUUUUACCCCCCUCGCCCACUCCCAAGUACGUGAUGAUCUUUUGGUUCACGGUUUUAGGGAUUCCGCUCAUAUACUAUGCCUUUGUCACGCUUCUCUCCGGCUCAACUCUCCUCAUCCUUCUGGUGGCUGGUGCUGUCUAUGGAGUGUUCACCUACACCAAGUCCAUCAUCAACGUCACGUUAGCAUCCAAAGGCUCUGCUUACGGUAGCACCAAGGCCAGCGGGAUUCAAGGGGUUAAGAACGGCUCGGUGGACACCAGCAGUAGAGAGGAGAAGAAGGAGAAUUAACACUUCAACUACCGCAAGACAACAACACCCGCAACAGUGUCGGCUAUGGUAAAGUGCCGAUUGGUCUACAUCCGCUUCGUCUUCUUUCCGUUAGGUCUCAUCCCAUGCUUCAUCUACAACCAGUCCUACCAACCGUUUGGUUUUGUUGCCAUUGAGCACAUCAAUCAUGUUUUGUAAAUAUUUUGUUAGGCUAUACCCAUUCCGUUUAAUAACCACUUGGUCUAACAUCGAUUGGUCCUUAUGAUUAGAUAACUGUUUAUGAACUUCAUUUUACAAAGUAAAAUGAAAAGAUGAAAUUAGACCAAUGAAAUUAGACUAAUGAAAUUAGUCCAACUGGUCAUUUUAAUAGACUAAAUGAGAAUUAGACCAUCUGUAUUUUACCAAUUGUAAUGUAGACUGAAUGUUGGUGAAAUAAAAUUGAUUGUAGACCUGAUGGCUUGUAGUCUCAAAAGAGGUUUCAAUUGCACCAUUGAACAAAACCAUGGACUAUGCUGGUUUCUGGUAUUAUCAUGCUUCAUGUAGGGGCGCCCUUUGCAAUUUAUGAUUGGUUUUUUCAUAGUGUACGUGAUGAAAUAAGUGUAAUUUCUAUACACUAAUCUGCAUGAUCCAUGGUUUUGGACCAUGGUAUGAUUAAAACCUCUUUUGGGCCAUUCUUGGUCACAUGUGUGAACGAAAUUAUGACAAAUCUUGACUUUGAGUAGUUAUAAAUCUAAAAUUUUUAUAGAUUUAUAACUAAUUAUGAUGAUUUUGAAAGCUUAAUUUCAUUUUGAAAUUCGCAGAAAUUAAACUUUCAAAAUCAUGCUUCUGCGUGAAGUCACACAUGUGACCCACCUCUUUUGACCUCUGACCUUGAACCUGCAUAUUGGAGACACCAAAAUGUAUAUUUCCAAAUGAUAGCUGGCUAAACGUGUUAAUGGUCUAUAUCCUUUGAAUUACUAAAUCUCUGUAAGAUUUUUUAGAUUUAUAACUAAUCGAAGUCAAGAUUUGUCAUAAUUUCGGUCACACACAUGACCAAGAGUGGUCUGUAUGAGAAUAGGGGCCAAUAGGUUUAGUCCAUGUGGCAUUAGACUGUCUGAGAACUAGACCAAGUGAAUAUAAGCACAUUUUACACAGAAGUGGUGAGCGAUCUAGCUUUUCCAGAAAAUCCUUUUAAAACGGGACAAGAGUCACUCUGAAAAAAAAAGCGAUACCAUGCCACAAAAUCAAUACACUAGGCUCCAAUUCACCAAUCCACAAAAUCAGUGCUACAACUCUUGAUGAAAAACAGUAAUAUUCAAUCCAUCGAGUUUUGAGAGCGGAGUCUAUCUGUAAAGACUGAUUAAAGUGAAAUUAAUAGUGAAAAUUGAAAUAAUUAUUUGGUCACCUCUUGCUGUUUUCUCAGGUAUGCAAUAUGCGUUGCCAUAGCCAAAGGUAUGGAUACCUUAUAGUAGAAGUAUUUAGUCAUUUGUCUACAUCGGGAAUAGGUACUUGCAUGCAGUGUAAGUUGCAAAACGAAUGGUUUAAGUUGAAAACUACGCUAAAAUAGAGGAGACAAUGAUCGGAUUUUGUACAUAUUUCUCAUCCUGAAUAAAAAGCUAUUUUACUCAUUAGAAACUCCAAAUUGGCAAUGUGAUGAAAACAUCAAAGUCACUGUUUUAAAAUAAGCAUGUAAAUUGGCAACUUUUCAUUAAAAUUUGCCAUUAACAUCCGUUUUGAAGUUUGACUCAUUAAAUCCAUAUAUUUUAGUUUAUUUCAAAGUAUGGAAUGAAUAGAAAAUUAAAAAGUGUUGCCAAUUUGGGGAUCAUAGGUCGCUUUCUCUUUACUUUAAUACAAACUGAAAGCUGUACCUUUAAAGAUUAAUCCAUAUCUCCAUAUAAAUUUUUAUAGAAAUAAUGUCUUACCUUUAUUCUCUUAGCAAGCAAUGUCACUAUUUGCAGGUCCUAUCAUGGUGGGAUAUAAGUAGAUUAAACUGUAUUGUUUUUAACUUCAUUAUCAAAUCAUGUUUUAAUUUCUUUCUUUUACUAAUAUGAACUAAUAAAGACUAUGAAAUAUGUAAGCUAGCAAAUCUAUUUUAAAUGUUAACGGAGGAUACAGAACUUUAUCAGAUUUUUACAAUUUCAAGAGGGCUAUUGUGAUAAGGUUUUACUUCCCUUUCAGUUUCUAUUAUAUUUCAUCUUAACAUACUAUAUAACUCUAACGGUUGAUAUAAUACUUCUUUUCACAUUCAACACACUCUGGUCAG